UUUUGCAAUUUGAUGCGUGUUCUACCUCCUGUCACAAAAUGAAGAGUCCUAUUUAUUUUUAGUGUUCUUUCCUCUAAUCAAUUUAGGGAAGCUUUCCAAAAAACAUGUUUGCUACCGGAACGAAUGUUUUAUUGCUCCUGGAAUCUCAAAUAAAGGAAGUUUUAAACGCAAAUACAUAUCACGAAAAUGAUUAUCUUUUUUUACUGCUCUUGUAAAUUUUAUAAAUCGCAAAAUGGGUCGUAUCUGAUUACUUCUCCGUAAAUUGGAGAUUCUUUUCCUAUUAAUGACUCAUGAUCAUACAUAUUCGAGAUAAUACGAUUACAUAUAUGCAUAUGAUACAAUAAAUAUGCAUUUCUUAUGAAUUUUUGCACAUACAGGAACAUGCUUAUACAUCAACAUCUUUCAAGCUUAAUCCUCCUUAUUCUUUGUUUCAUGUGACACGUUACAAUGUUAAGAGUAAACUUAUCUGUUAAAAAAUUGGAGUUAUUAUACGUUAUUCGAAUCUGUCAUCAAUCUCAGUAAAACAUUUGGAAACAAUUGUUAGAUCAUUUUGCCAAAUAAAAGGAAAAAGAAAUUUUUUCGAGUUACAUUUACACUAUGUGAUUAGACACAAAAUAUAUUAAUAAGGUACAGUUACAAGCGCGAUUCAAUGCACUGAAAAGCUUAAUAGAAUAAAAUGGAACGUUAGAACGACUCUCUUAUCGCAAAAUCAGGAGAGAUGAGAUUGUUGGGACGAAAGGUGUUCAACGGUAUCGUUAAGAAUGUUGCGUUCAGUCACGCUGUACAGUAGUCUGCUGUCGACAGCGACGAUUGGCUGAUUUACCGUCCUCCCCUUCAUUUCGACCAUUUAUUUUGAUCAUUUGUGUUAAUGAUAGCGAGUUACGCGCUCAAAACACAUAUCUCUUUCUUGUUCCUCACCGUGCGCAUGGUUUCCAAUUUCUUUCUCGCAUUUCUUUCUUCAUCUUUUUUGUAACUAUAUAUUUUACGAGCAUUAGCGACAAGUUAUAGACAUAAAUAUAAACAAAAUAUAUAUAUAACCUGUAUUAUCAGGAGAAAUUAUACUAUUCCGUGGAAUUGUUCUAGCGAUGAUAAUUAGUAACGAUAAAUAAUAACGUGUUUCUUCCUUGUUCGGUACGUGAAUCGUGUAUGUUUGUUUGUGAGAAGAUUUGUAUCUGGAUGAAAAAGAAUGGGAAUAUGUGGUGGCUCAUUAACAAGAAACGGUCGACCAAACUUACACCGAAUCAAAUUUUCAUUAAAAUGACAAGUUGAAUGUCUACGAUUAAGUUUAGACGGAGUGAAUAUUUGAAACAAGUCUACGAUAUUUUAUUAUUCGAAGUGAAACAAUUUCGUGGGACAACAAUUUCGAUAAAAUUACUGAACUUUCUUCAAUUUGUCUCAAGCUGAUGACCUACUAAUGAUCGACCGAUCGUGGUUUGUUGACUUGACAUCGAAUUAUCGAGCCUCGUAGCAGAAUGUUUUGUUUACCGUUGAUCAUUUCUACGAUCACGCGUAAUACAUUUUUAAACUAAAUUAAACUAAAUGAAAGGUGUCAAAUUCUAAACGUGUUUCUUCAAGAACACGCAGGUUACGUUUGAAAUAUUCAACGAUCGAAGUACGACUUCUUUCGCGAAAGAUAUUCUUCAAGAACAGAGGAAGAAAAUUUACUUGCCCACCUUAAAAGUCAUCAUGGAAACGUCCGAGAACGAUACAAACGAUCUCCACGACUUUUGGAAGGAUUUGGACUUGAAGAAUUUAACGGAAGAUGAAUAUUUGGCCACGGUACUUGGACCUAAGUAUUUGCCUCUGAAGAUGGUGAUACCACUAACGGUAGUGUACGUGACAAUUUUUGUGACUGGUAUUUUUGGGAACAUCGCGACGUGUAUCGUAAUUAUAAAAAAUCAUUCGAUGCAUACGGCUACCAACUACUACUUAUUCAGUCUGGCUAUAUCUGACCUUAUUCUACUUGUGUUGGGAUUACCUAAUGAGCUGAGCCUCUUUUGGCAACAAUAUCCAUGGGUUCUAGGAGUUGGUCUUUGCAAAAUCAGGGCAUACGUAUCGGAAGUAUCCUCCUACGUAUCGGUUCUUACGAUAGUAGCCUUUUCCAUGGAAAGAUAUUUGGCGAUUUGUCACCCGCUCCGCGUUUAUACAAUAAGUACUCUCAAAAGACCAAUACAGACAAUUUUAGCCGCGUGGUCGAUUGCGUUGGUUUCUGCCAUACCGUUUGCAAUCUACACGAAAGUCAACUUAGUUGAAUAUCCACGAGAUUCCGGGAAUUACUCGGCUAAUUCCGCGGUUUGCGGAAUGUUGCUGCCAUAUAUGCCUAAUUUCCCUCUCUAUGAGUUGAGCAGUAUUAUAUUUUUCUUGAUACCGAUGAUAGUUAUUUUGGUGGUGUAUACCAGAAUGGGUUUAAAAAUAAAAAACAGUACAAAUCAUACUUUGAACUCUGUGAUGCAGGGCGCUAUUCAUGGAGACUCGAAGCAAACUCAGUCUCGAAAAUCUGUGCUCAGAAUGUUAACUGCGGUAGUUAUUUUAUUUUUCAUUUGUUGGGCGCCGUUUCAUACUCAACGAUUGCUCUAUAUCUACGCGCAAGAAUCUGACUACUAUCCAGACUUGAACGAGUGUCUGUAUAUCUUAAGCGGAUGUCUCUAUUACUUCAGCACAACCGUGAAUCCAAUUUUAUACAAUUUGAUGAGCAUAAAGUAUAGGAACGCGUUCAAAGAAACCAUCUACUACAAAAUGAGGAUGAUAGGCAGGAGAAGUUGGAUUACCAGAGAGUCUCAAAUGUGCAAUAGUAAUUCGAGCGGAAAAGCGCGAAGCUCAAGUUUCAAGUGUUCAGUGAGAUAUACUAUUAGUCAAGCGAAGGAGAUGUUUCGAUUCACUACAAGUCGAGAAGGCGUGAAUAGAGAUGGAAAUAUAAACGAUAAUGUCGCUCGUAAAUCAUACAUGCUCAAAAAGGAAGAUUCCACGUCGAAGCCUCUUCUCAAUCGAAUGCACUCGGCAGGACAGCAGGAAGAAAGAAAUAAAAGAGAUCCUGCACGUAACACAGAAGAGAAUAAGUCUGGGUCUACAACCAGUAGCGUUUUGUAAUUUAAGUUUGUAUGUUGUUAGCCGUUAAAAUUAUUGUACAUAAUAGUUUUAAGCUUGUUGUAUCGUUAUUGUUUAUUUUAUUUAUUUUCUGACUGUAUUGUAUAGUUGCGGUUUUAAAUUCAUUUUUACUCAAUUGUACUUAAGGAUUAUGUACUUAAUAAAAGUUCUAGCGGUCAAUUGUGAAAA